CCCUUGUUCCAAUAUAUAUGUUGCUGAAACAAUACAUGCAGAAUUAAUAAAGAGAAAAAAAAACCCUACCAUUUUCUCUUCUCUCUCUCAUUUCCAUGGAGCCAAAUGCAAGCAACAGUGGCAUUAAUAUCCAUUCUCAUCACCACUAUCUAGAAACCAUAUCCCCCAUGGAACUUCACAAAGUUGUACUACCACCCCACAGAACCACCCUUCAGAAAUUCAGCACCAGACUUAAAGAAACUUUUUUUCCUGAUGACCCUUUGCGCCAAUUUAAAGGACAAUCUUUGGGCAAGAAAUGGAUUCUUGGUGCUCAAUAUGUUUUUCCUAUUCUUCAAUGGGGUCCUAAUUAUAAUCUCAAGCUUUUUAAAUCUGAUAUUGUUUCUGGUCUCACCAUUGCCAGCUUGGCCAUUCCUCAGGGUAUUAGCUAUGCAAAGCUUGCAAAUCUACCUCCUAUAGUGGGUCUUUAUUCGAGCUUCGUUCCGCCGCUUGUUUAUGCUGUUCUUGGGAGCUCAAGAGACCUUGCAGUUGGACCUGUUUCCAUUGCAUCUCUUAUAAUGGGAUCAAUGCUAAGACAAGAAGUGUCACCUACUAAUGAUCCUUUGUUAUUUCUUCAACUGGCUUUUUCUUCUACUUUUUUUGCUGGUCUCUUCCAAGCUUCUUUAGGGUUGUUAAGGUUGGGAUUUAUCAUUGAUUUUCUUUCAAGGGCAACUUUGAUUGGAUUUAUGGCUGGAGCUGCAAUUAUAGUUUCUUUACAACAGCUUAAAAGCUUACUUGGAAUUACUCAUUUUACUAAAGAAAUGGGUUUGAUUCCUGUUCUCACCUCUGUUUUUCAUACCACCAAGGAGUGGUCAUGGCAAACAAUACUGAUGGGAGUUAGCUUCCUUGUGUUCCUGUUAGUAGCAAGACAUAUUAGCAUGAAGAAACCAAAACUGUUUUGGGUAUCAGCUGGAGCCCCUCUUCUGUCAGUGAUUCUAUCUACUCUCCUUGUUUUUGCAUUCAAGGCCCAACACCAUGGCAUCAGCACUAUUGGAAAAUUACAAGAGGGAUUAAAUCCUCCAUCAUGGAAUAUGCUGCAAUUUCAUGGAAGUUACCUUGGAUUAGUCAUCAAAACUGGUCUUGUUACCGGCAUUAUCUCCCUCACUGAAGGCAUAGCAGUAGGAAGAACUUUUGCUGCUUUAAAACAUUAUCAAGUGGAUGGUAACAAGGAAAUGAUGGCAAUUGGGCUAAUGAACAUUAUUGGUUCCUCUACUUCUUGCUAUGUUACUACAGGUGCUUUCUCGCGAUCGGCUGUGAACCACAAUGCCGGAGCUAAAACAGCGGUUUCGAACAUAAUAAUGUCAGUAACGGUGAUGGUGACUCUGCUGUUUCUGAUGCCAUUGUUCCAAUACACACCAAAUGUUGUAUUGGGCGCUAUCAUAGUAACCGCCGUAAUUGGGCUAAUAGACGUACCAGCUGCAUAUAUUAUCUGGAAGAUUGAUAAAUAUGAUUUCAUGGUUCUCUUAUUUGCUUUCUUUGGUGUCAUCUUCAUUUCUGUUCAACAUGGUCUUGCCAUCGCUGUCGGAAUAUCCAUAUUCAAAAUUCUGAUGCAAGUUACCAGGCCAAAGACGGUGAUAUUAGGAAACAUAGCCGGGACAGAUAUAUACCGAAAUCUUCAUCAUUACAAAGAAGCUAUUAUGGUUCCUGAAUUUGUUAUUUUAAGCAUAGAAGCCCCUAUCAAUUUUGCAAAUACAACCUACCUCAAAGAAAGGAUUUUGAGAUGGAUAGAAGAAUACGAAGAGCAAAAAGAUUCAAAGAAACAGUCAAGUAUCCGUUUUGUGAUUAUUGACUUAUCAGCUGUAAGUGCCAUUGAUACAACAGGAAUCUCACUCUUCAAGGAUUUAAAGAAAGUAAUGGAAAAUAGAGGGAUUGAGCUUGUGCUGGUAAAUCCGUUGGGAGAGGUGAUCGAAAAGCUGCAGCGUGCCGACGAUGCACGCGAGAUGUUGAAGCCUGAUGCUCUUUUCUUGACAGUAGCUGAAGCUGUGGCUUCGCUAUCUUCCACAGUGAAGGGUCAAUCAUCAAGCUAUGUAUAAAAUUCAAUAGCAGAAAACAAAUUAAUUGUGUAACUAAAUUUAUGUGUAGUUAACUUCAUAUGUCUUUCCCUCAAUCACUUAUUAACUCAGAUAUAUAAUUUAUUUACUGCAAAAUUCUGAUUAGUAA